AUGCAUUAUUUUCAGGUAUCGCUAAUUGUUCUUUCGAGUGUCGUCGCCAUUGUUCUUUCGGGUUACGUCCCCGAUAUCGGGGGAAACAGCGAUGUCUAUCAGACCCAAGACAAUUACGGUAACUACAACUUCGGUUACGGCGUGAGAGGUCCCUACGGCUCUAAUAACUUUAGGGAAGAGAAGGGUAACGCAUACGGUCAUGUGAGAGGAUCGUAUGGAUUAACGGAUGCGGACGGGCGCAAACGCAUCGUGGAUUACGUAGCCGAUGAUUAUGGAUUCAGAGCUAAAGUCAGGAGCAAUGAACCAGGAGGAGCCUCUUCGUCUUACCCAGAUCCUGCUUACUCCUCACCAUUAACAGCAUUAAAGCUUCCUUUACCCGGGGUGUAUUCGGGUCCUUAUCGUUACGUCAGCACCCCUUACGCUAAAGCAUCACCCUACGUGAAUUAUCCUUAUCACGCUGCAGCCGAUACACAUAAAGUUGUAUCGGCUUAUCCUCCCUAUUAAAUUAAAUAAUUUUUAAUAAAAUUAUAUUUAUAUAUAACGCUUAAUAUAUUAUAUUUAUAAGGCAAAGAUUGUGAUAUUUAUGUUAAAAAAAAAAGUGAUAUCUUCAGUUUCCUGGUAU